AUGCCUGAGAUCAACACCCUCCUGUUCGACUGCGACAACACCCUCGUCCUCUCUGAGGAGCUUGCCUUUGAGGCUUGCGCUGGUCUCAUCAACGAGAUCUGCGAGUCUCGCCAGGUCGACAUGCGCUUCACUGGCGACACUCUCAUCAAGGAGUUCGUUGGCCAAAACUUCCGUGGCAUGCUCACCACCCUCCAAAAGAACUACAACAUCGACAUUUCCGCCGAGGAUCUCGAAACCUACGUCCGAAAGGAGGAAGACGCCGUCAUCGCCAAGCUCAAGGAAGCCCUCAAGCCUUGCGUUGGUGUCGAUGAGCAGCUGGAGAAGCUUGUUGCCUCCAGAAAGUACACUAUGUCCGUUGUGUCUUCCUCAGCUCUUCGACGAGUUCGCGCUUCUAUCGAGAAGGUUGGCCAGGACAAGUACUUCCCUGGCGACGUUGUCUUCUCUGCUGCCACAAGUCUCGAGAAGCCUACCAGCAAGCCUGACCCCGCCAUCUACCUCCACGCUCUUGACAAGCUUGGCAAGAAGGCCGAGGAGGCAGUUGCCAUUGAGGACAGCAAGAGCGGUACUCUCAGCGGUACCCGUGCUGGAAUCAAGGUCAUCGGUUACGUCGGUCCUUAUGCUGAGGACAAGCAGGCCGAGAUGGAGCAGAUCUUGAGAGAUGCUGGUGCUGUGGUCAUCAUGCGUGACUGGUCCGAGUUCCCCUCUGCUCUGCAAAAGAUUGAGGCUGGUGAGGUUUAG